AUGUAUUAUUAUCAAGGGCUUUUAUCUGCUUGUAUCGCCCUGUCACUGGGGCUCUGCUCUUACGCUCGUCUCCUGACUGUGCCGACGACACCUUUCACUCCCACAGAAGGAACCUAUUCAUUACAUCAGCUAAAGAGCAUCACCAUAAGUUCUCAAUACGCCAAUACAGUAGAUAAUGCAGGCCAGACUUUGAUCCCACCAACAUUAUCCGAAUUUGGCGAGGUCUUUCGAGCCGAUCUUGAGUUAUCAUUAGGCUUCAAGUUGUCUCUUCUUCACGGAAACAAGCCCGAAACCAACUCGAUUUUCUUGACUAUCGAUAAUGAAACCACCUUUCAUGAUAUCGCCGGCCGUGCUACUUCUGAAGGGUACACUCUAACCGUGAACGAGAACGGUAUCAUUAUCUCCGGUGCCAGUCCCUUGGGUACUUGGUGGGGUACUCGAUCUCUAAUCCAAGAAGCUGUGCUCAACGACUUUGAGAUACCUCAUGGAUCCGGAACUGAUGCGCCUGGAUGGGCUACUCGUGGAGUUAUGCUCGAUGCUGGACGCCAUUACUACCCCCCUGACUUCCUUAUCGAAAUAUGCUCCUAUAUUUCCUUCUUUAAGCAGAACGUGUUUCACCUUCAUCUUAGCGAUAACCUCUACAACAACGUCGAUGAAUACUCCAGAGAAGAAUCCUUGGAGCUUUAUGCUGCGUUUCGGCUUCUAUCCGCAGACCCAACCGUGGAGGGUCUCAAUAAGCGCAUAAAUGAAUCCUAUACACGGUCUCAAUUCGAUAAUAUCCAAGAGCAGUGCGCGAAGCGCGGAGUGACGAUCAUCCCGGAGAUCGAAUCCCCAGGACACGCAUUGGUUAUCGUGCAAUGGAAGCCGGAUAUCGGUCUGGAGGAUCUCAGCAUGAUCAAUAUCACUCAGCCAGACUCUAUCCCUACUGUACAGACGAUCUGGAAGACUUUCCUUCCGUGGUUUCAUAGUAAGGUGGUUCAUAUCGGCGCAGACGAGUAUGAUAGUAGUCUGGUUGCGGACUAUACCAGGUUCGUCAAUUCAAUGCAUGGGUUCAUCAAGGAGGAAUCGUCCAAGGAUACGCGAAUCUGGGGUACUUUCACCCCGUCAGAGGGAUCGAAUGUCUCCCAGGAGGUAUCGAUCCAGCACUGGGAGUUCUUUGAAGAUAAUCCAUACUUCGACUACAUCAAGAACGGUUAUAACGUCCUCAACUCAGACGACGCAUUCUACGUCGUGGGGAAAUGGUCUGGGAGCUACCCCCAGAUACUCAACAAGACGCGAGUCUUCUAUGGUGACCCUGCCGGUGGACCAUACGCCCCGAACAUAUUCGACACCAAAAACGCAACCAACAAUCCACCCAGGAAUAAUCCUCAUGUCCUGGGACAAGUAGCAGCUUUAUGGAACGAUUACGGUCCCAACGCCACCACUGUCCUCGAAGCAUAUUAUUCCCUGAGGGACGUCCUGCCCGCUCUCGCAGAUAAGCAAUGGGGCGGCGACCUGCUUGAGCAAGAAUACGACCAGGUAUUCGACAAACUGCACGCCGCUAUCCCUGGACAGAACCUGGACCGUCGAAUCAAGUCCAAGUCCGAUCUCAUCCUGAACUACAACUUCAAAACCCCCUCUGCCAAGAUCCAAGACCUCUCCGGAAAUAACUAUAACGGGGUUUCUCACGGCUGCGCCGUCGAGGACUCCGCCAUCCGUUUCUCCGGCACUUGCUACCUCGAAACACCCCUUAGUAGUAAAGGUCGAAACUACACGCUCUCUUUCUCCGUUAAGCCGCUCUCCAACAAUCCGGGAACGUUGUUCUCAGGCCCAGACUCGACCCUCAUGAACGGCAACGGGUCCAUCACGAACGUAACCCUCAUCAGUGGCGGGAAUCCCUACUCCCUCAAUUACAGCCUCCCGCUCAACACCUGGACGGACGUCAGGUUGAUCGGACGCGGUAAUCAGACUUUUCUGAAUGUGAGCCCUUCCGCCAAGAACGAGUCGACGACGAGGAUGAUGGAAUUCCUCACUCGUCUAGGUGUCAAUGGUGAGAGUCUUGCCUGGGCCCCCAUUGCUAUUGAGGCGCCAUUGGCCAGGAUCGGCGAGGGAUUCGAAGGCCUGAUGAAGGAUAUUUCCCUUAGAGGGAGCGCGUGA